AUCGCGAGCCCGCGAUAUUUUCGGCGGCCUCGUGCAAGCAAAUCGUCUUACGUCAUGUUAUAAGAAGUAUAGUGUGUGUUAGUGUGUUCCCGAAAAUAUCGACCAACGUGGAGACAGAUAGUUACUCUGUUGUGAAUAAAUAUAAUGUUUUGACUUGAUAUUUCCUUUAUGAGUAACAAUUGUAGUAUAUGUUUCGAAGCUCUAUCAAGGGCGGACGUUUUAAACGUACUGAGCAGCGAUAUACGAAGGGAGUUGAAAGAUGUAGUCGUAUUCUCGCUUGAAGCACCGUUGUGUGACGACAGCAGAUUAUGCAAAUCUUGUCAUGCUGAGUUAAACGUGCGGAUGAAUAUCAAAGCUAACCUUCGAGAGACAGAUCAACGAAUCAGACAAAUCAAUCAUGGUGCGAUAAUUGCAAAGGUUCGUCCAAAACCUACUCUGAUAGAAAGACAGUCACCACAACGAGGGGAAAUGAAUAUUUUUCGUGAGAAAUAUACGCGAGAAGCGUCUGGUAUAAAACUUGGAAACGCUAGCUUGCUUGGUUGCGUCAAAAGCGAGGUCAAAAGUGAGGGAAUUUCUUCGUUCAAACACGAAAAUGGGAGCGUUAAAAGUCUUAAAAGUGAACAGUUAUGCAAAGAAGCAGAUAGCUCUUUAUGUGAGCUUGCGAAAGAGCUGUGGGGCGAUGAUGUGAAAUGUAAAGAGACGUCAAAUAAGGAAAAUAUGUGAGUAUAUUAUUAUAUUUUUGAGAUGAAAUAUUCGCGCCAAAUUGCGUCUUGAACUUUGAACGGAUUCCCCAGAGACCAUGUCGGAGUUUGCAAUAAUGGAGAACUGGGGGCGAGAUACGAAAUACCAUAAAAAUGUCAAAAAUAUUUUUUGUAACUGCUUAAUAUUAUCAAAAAGUGGUUAGUUACUGUAAGCUAAGGCUGUUUCUCAUUUACAAUGGUAAAAUUAGUGGAGAAAAAAAAUUAAAGGUUGAAAAAAAGCGCCUGCUCCUGGAGAGGCUCGAACUCUCGACCUUCGCAUUUCACGGCAUAUAUGGCGAGCCAAAGCCACGCCCAUACUGCUUAUAAGUACGACGCGCUAACCGACUGUGCCACAGGAGCUGGACAUCGAGUAGGCGAGAAUUUAUUCUAUAUGAAGGUACACUCAAAAUUUCCGGGCGGUCAACAAUUGGUCCAAAGCAUGUUUAUUAUAAUAUGAAAAUUUUACGAAUUUUAUUUGUUUUGUAACGUAAUAUUUUUCAUUAGCAUCCGUCGAAAUCAGUUUUCGUUGUAAAUCUCGUAUUCUAAUACUUCACCUUCUUUUUUCGUUUUUUACUUUCAAUAUUUUGGCUUUUGAUAUCGUUUUGGCACCGCACAAGGCCUGCUUGGAAGAAAAUUUGAAAAUUAUGUAACUAUUUAUUAAUAUUGCAAUCUUGGCAUUUUCACUAAAUUAUAAAGAGGCAAGCUGCCAAGGUCAAGGUAUAAGCAUUCGACGUAAGAUACAAUAUUUAACAAAACAUUGACAUUGAAUAAUUCGUCUGAAUGUUUAGUUUUCGGGCAAUAAACUUUGAUAUUUUUUAUUUCGCGGAAUAAAACAUACCAGUUCGCUCAGCAGAAAAAAGCGCGGGGGCCUCGUAUCAACCACGUGACUUCCCGACAUAUAAAACUCGUGAGGAAGACAGAUAAUUUCUAAAACUAAAACAAAAUUUACUGAGAGCAUGUUGUUUGAAACUUAUUUGGAGGUUUUAAAAAACGAUGUCGUGGCUCAACAAUGGCAUGGAGCACGAGUCGGAUCUCUUAUCUGUUGCCUUAGGGGAAAGUGGGCUUGAUUUAGACGCUCACGGACCGCUUUCAAACCUUGGAAAAAACGAAACUACGGAGCAUAACUCUGGUUUAGCUGGUGCUACAUUGUCACUUGAAUCGACCUCUACACCUAAUGAUCUACUCAAUUGGGCGUUUUUACUAUCAAAUACAAACAGUCAGAACUUAGCAUCAACUCAAGAUGGUUUAUCGAAUCUUUUUGAACCUUUUGGCGAGUUUAAACCUGCGAGUGAGCACCCAACUAUAAACAAUAAAACGUCUAUUCCCAAUUCCAAAGACCUACAGGCACAUUUCGACCUGUAUUUAGGCAACGGGGAUUUUAAUACUGUACCACAGUAUACAAACAGAAGUAAUUCUCAUUUGGGAACUUCAUUAAAAGACUUACUCUCUACGGAAGAUAUCUCAGGCAGUUUGACUAAAAAAGCCGUCAAUGGAUUAAGUGUAAACAGCAAAGAUCCAACAAGGAAGUAUGUCAUAAUUAUAUGACGUUUAAAUUUUUAGAAAAGCUUUUUGAAUUCAUGGUUUAAGUUUUGAGACUUGUUAUCCAUAGUUUUUAACAGAGGAGGUAUGUAGUUUUAAAGUUUUAGCGAGAGCGUUUGCCACGAAAUGUCAGAUGACAUAAUUUCGUAUGUUAAUUGUUCCUAGAAAUAUGUCAUCCUUUGAAAUUACCGUCGACCAUUAUGUCAUUCCUUUUCCCAGACUCUGGGAAAAUGUUUUGCUGAGAGUUUUACCUUGCAAGGCCAUGAGAUAAUUAAGGCCCUAAAUUGUUUGAUAUCAGAAAAACUUGCUGUUAUAAAUAUAACACAGCCAAGAGCUUUUGUUUACCCCAGGCUUACAAUAAAACUAUAAAAACCUUUCCAUUUCCCCAUUUGUAGUCUGUUGUCAUUUGUAAUUUAUUGUGGCGGUGAGCAAAUUGGGUCAUUCUAGAAAACAUGCAGACUCCCACAGGAAAUUGGAGAUUAAUUACACUCGCACACACCCUUCAGACAUCCUGAUACUUUACUAUUACCAAAAGUAAUUUUAAGAGGCAAUUUUUUUCGAUGUCAUGUAUUUGGAAUGAAUAGUGUUGAAAAUCUAAAAUGUUUUUGGCGUUGUUCUAAAAAUUACCUUUUAGCUUUAUUCUCUAGUUUAUAGAGUUAGCAACCUUUUUAUAUGCAUCUGCCGGUUGAGAAACAUAAAAUAAUAGUUAAAAAUUGUCAAUUAAAAUACAAUUAUCAAUGAUGCUUUAAAAUUGACGCCAUAUUUACAGCCAUAUAAGCAAAACUUAGUGAACUUCAGGCCUCAUUUUCACUUUGGCGUAUCAUCUAAAAUCUUUUCAUUUUAACAUUAUUUUACAGAUAAAGCGCUAAACAUAAUUUUUAGUUUGUUUGCCGAUUGAGAAACGUAUCGAAACCCCAAGUGGUAUAUUACAUUAGUUUUGAGCGCCUGUUACGUAACAUACAAAAAAUCUCUCUUCAUUAUUUUAAUUAUUAAUUUAUUUACUAUUACCAGAAGUAAUUUUAAUUAUUUUAAUUAGUAAUUUAUUUCAUUAAUUUGCCCCAAAACAACUUGCAUUCAAUAGCCAUAAUAAAAAAAUAUUUACAAGAGUAGUGCUUAGUAUGAACCUUCCAGAAAGUUAGAAACCAUAUGGUUUUUAUAUGGUUCCUAGCUCAAAAUGUAACAGAAAUAAACAAAAGUAACAAAAAUGCACCCUUCUUAGAAAUUAUCGCAUAUUACACAUAAAACACAGAAAACUAAAUUUUAUUGCCGUAUUUGCUCAUAAAUUGGUAAACUGACAACAGACCACACUAGCAAAAGCGGGGAAAUUUUUGUAUUUUGACUGUAAUAAGAGUGAAUGAUUUUUUAUGUUUGGCAUCAAAAUGUUUCAGCAUUUAAACUAGUAUAACUGGCUUAUGUACCUGUUUGACAGAUUUUUGGCAAAGGUGUGAUUUCUGCUGACUAACUUUAUGCUGACUAAGUAGAUUUUUAGUUCCCUUUUGAGUGAAAGUUGCUUACAAGACAAGUUUGAUUAAAUAACUCUUGUACUAAGGUAGUUAUAUACAACUAGUUUCAAUAGCUUGUAUAGUCUAAUGUAGUUGGUUUGUAUAAUGUUUGGCUUGACUUAUACAGUAUAUGAGGUGGAUAAUUCAUGUGAGGUGGAAACUUUGGUAAAGAAAAGGUAGUUUGAUAAUUUGUCUGUGUAUAUAAAUAUGGCUAAGAGAUUGAUCGUCUCGCAUCUGUGAAGACACAUUUUUUGUGUGGUCUUCACAGACAAACUUGCUGAUGUAGUUCAUCUUGAUGUGGAUGAUCUGUCCAUGGAUAUAAAUCAUUGAUCUUUAGAGAGUUGUUAUGUGAAUUAUAUCAAAACAUUAUUAGGAUCUUUGCCAGUAUAUGGUUGAUAAUUCAUCUUGAAUUAAUUAACACACAAGACAGACCUGUCAGACAGGUUGUGUCUUGAUGAAAACAAAGCUGUUGACAAAUAGCGCUCAUUGACACAUGUAUUUUUUUUACUUAAUUACAGACAAAAUACAAGAACCUUUCCGCUUCUGUAACUUGUUUUGUAUUUCUGUAAUUUGUUCUAUUUUUUCUGUAGCGAUUACCGCUUUAUCUGCAAAUAUCGUGGUAGAAUUUCCCUUGUAACAAAGGAUACACCUUUCAUUAGAUUCUUUGCAUAAAAGUUUACGUCAAAUGAUCGUAGUCGGUAAUUUUAAAUUUGUAUAGUAUGAACACACUAUGAGCGGCGGUUUAAAACCAAUUUAUCAGCAAAUAUCGCUUAAGAUCUAAGUUUCGCAACUUUUAUGCAAAGAAUUUUACGAAAGGUGUAUCCAUUGCUACAAAUUGACAUAUAUAAAGGAAGGAAAGUGAAAUUCUACCGGACCGGACUGGAAUAUUUGCCGAUAAAGCGGUAAUCGCUACAGAAAAAUAGAACAAAUUACAGAAAUAAAGUGGGAAGGUUUUUGUAUUUUGACUGUAAAGGUUGAGAAGUACCUACAUGUAAUAACAGUGACAUUCAGUCCAUAAAAUAAGCAUAAUAUGUACUUAAUUGUCCAAAAGACACAAAUAGCAAAAAAUAGGUACGCUUGGUGUACAUGUAUCUGCGAGAAAGUUGCCAUUGUUUUACUGCCUGUUUGCAGGCGUACAACCCUAAUUAGUUGACCUGAGUGUUGAACACACACACAACUCGAUAGCAUAGUAUCUAGCGCUAAGCGCAGAUACAAAAAGUAUGUGCAGACAUGCUUGAGGCAAAUUUUGGGCAUGUAUGCUCAGAAGAGCCCCUUCCCGGCACUUUCUCAAUAUAUGAGCGACCAAAAUCUAUUACAUAUGAAUGAUAUAAUUAAUAUAUGAGGUAAGGUGUUGUGUAUAUAUCGUGAAAGCACCCCAGACAAACUGUCUCGCGCAUAAAUCUGUUUAUUCAUGCUACCUUGCUGUUUUUAGAGACGUUGUGAAAAAUCUUUGGGCAAAUGAAGACCUAAAGCUCAGUGAUGUCACACAGGUGGGUCAUUUUGAAACUUGUCAGAGCAAAAGGGGAGGGUGGGGGCAUAGAUAAGGGGAGGGUAGUGGCAUAGUGAAAGGGGAGGUGGGGUAUAGGGUGUACACCCUACAGGUAGACCUGUUGGCAAAACCUUAUUCCCUAACAAUUUCGGCAUUGACCACAUCCCAACCAUAUCAAAACCAUGCUCAUUUUGUCAGCAAAACUAAGGCCUGCACACCCCCCUCCCAACCAACCACCCCCUCCAACCACCCACCCCCUCCAACCAACCACCCCCUCCAACCAACCACCCCCUCCAACCACCCUCCCCCAAUUAUAAUACACUCAUGCCUUAAUUUGGUCUGACCACUUUUCAGGCUGACCCGAAAUCCAAAGAGGAGGAGGAAGAUGCAGAUGAGGAGGAGGAGGAUCUUGGAUACUCUGACACAUAUGCUGAAUACUGGCCCAGCAAAUGUAAGUCUUAGGCCCAUUUCAGACGACGUACUUCUCGUGUGCCAAACUUAAUUGAUGAAUUAGGUACGGCAGAAGAGCGACGUAUGAAUCAAUUAAGUACGGCAGAAUUUGGAGCGGCAAAAGUUCGGCAGAGCUUGUCGCAUUAUGCGACUUUGGAGCGACAUUGAUUCAUACGCCGCUCCACUCAUGUGCCAAACUUAAUUCAACUUUAGUCUAAAAAUAAACUUAUUUAUUUUGAAUUUUAUUUAGGUUUCGCUGGCGAAUAUGCCCAAACCUUGUCAAUAACGUAGUAUUUGGUACGCCAUUUGAAUCACUGCCGUUCUUGUGUCGCAUCUAAUACAAUUAAGUUCGGCACAUGAAGAGUACGUCGUCUGAAACGGGCCUUAUUCUACCUUUAGCUCAAAAAUUUAAGUUAGUCCAAUGUUCAGCAUAUUGUAGAUAGGGUCGAGUGGUUUAUCAAAACACAAUGUUUUUAAAAAACCGAUUCAAUCGAUUUUUUUUUUGACAAAAAAACGAAAAACUGAAAAAAAUUGGGAAAUACUUGAAACUUGCAGAAACAGCGCGCGAAGCAUACGUUUGUGUGUUAUUCAAUCGAUUUUUGUUUUGACAAAAAACUGUGUGAAGCAUCAAGUAUAAAGCGGAUCACAUCUGUGAAAAGAAGGCGGAUUUCUGGCGUAUAGCAGUGGCUUACAAACAAUUUGUAUUCAUAUUCUGUACCCUGGCUUAUUUCAGAUGUGUGUAAAAGUGAAAAUAAGACUGAAAUAUUCGUAAUUCGCAACCGAAAUGGCCGCCAUAUUCCCCCCCCGGUGUUCCCACUAUUUUAUGCCUUUGGCUAACUAGUAUAGACACAUUAAAAAUAUAUUUUCAUAUAUCUACAUUAAUUUCUCAGUGAGAAUUGGAAAAAGACAUCCUGACUCGGUUGUUGAAACAAGGUAACAAUUAUCAAGAUUUGUGUACUGCAGUCAAAUGAAUUUGGUAUUAACCCCAUGGAAUGCCAGCACUUUCCCCCUGACAAGUAAAACCAUCUGGCAUUCGGCAGAGUAAAAUAACAAAGUAGAGCACAUUGGGCUGAAAUGCAACUUAAUGGGUUAAGCAUAGCAGAAUGCCAAAUUUUACUUCUUUCGAAAUGAAUACUGUUUUUGUAGUUACAAUUCAAAAGUACAAACAAAAUAUUUUGCAUCAUUCUUGAUUUCAUUAUUUCCAGUUCCUUAUCAAGUGUUGCACCGCCUGAUGUUUGGUACAGGUUAGCCAUCCCGAAAGAAGUUAUUGACAAACAUUUAUUAUCAGCACUGCAGCUUGAGGCAAUUGUGUACGCCUGUCAGAGACACGAGACAAUAUUGGGAGAUGGUGCCAGGGCAGGCUUUUUAAUAGGUGAGUAUGGCUGCAUUAUAUGGUUAGCUAAAUUCUUUAUUAACCAUGCUGCAGGGUCUGAAAUUUGCAGUAUCCCGAUAUCCACGGGAUACUAGGGUGCACCGGAACUUGGUUCCGGCCGGUUAGUUCCUGCCGGAACCCCGAUUUUUUAGAGUUCCGGCCGGAACUAGUAAAAAAAGCAUGGCCGGAACCGGAACUCUGUUGUUUUCAGGGAGAUAGAAUAUCAAACGUUUUUGUGUCUAACAAAAGUUCACAGUAGGAAGAAAGUUGGACUAUGCAAGGGAAAUGUACACUAUUAACACUUCAUUAUGACGUUUAACGUUUGUCAGUCUUUUUAUUCUGACAUUUGCGAACUCUCUACUUGAUGAUUUGAAGUGUCUGCUUGUCUGGCAGCGGACAAAGUAACAUAUGACUAUAUAUGGCUUAAUAAAUUAGUUCCGGUUCCGGCCGGAACUUUUGGAUACCAAACUGUGAAUGACUUAUAUCCCAACUGGAUACUAAGAAAAUUUCAAACAUUAGGAAAAUGUUAAGCACCUCUGACAGUCUCCUGAUAGCUUUUGAAUUCUAUGAGUUUGCCACUCAAGGCUUUCCUCAUAUAAUGUGCAUUUUUGUGGAUUAAUUAAUGAAUUGUCUAGUUGUUGACAACUUGACUGAACAUUGAAUCUCCUAUUGUUACUGUAAUUUGUAACAGCGAGAGUUGUUGGAUAGGACAGGGUAUAAUAUUUAUGGUAAACCAGUAUCCAGAAGUGGGAUACUGCAUUCUCAGGGGGGAUACUAAACUUUGAAGCCUAGUAUCCCAGUUAGAUACUGAAAAGAUGUCAUACCCUGCAUGGUUGCCUGUAGGUGAUUGUCUUGAUUACUCUAGGGGCCGGUUGUUCAAAGCUGGAUUAGUGCUAACCCUGGGUUAAAAUUUAAUCUGCUGUUUUAGUUUGUGUGUUUCUGGCACAUCUGUUUAUUUCAAAACUUCAGAGAAGUAAACUCCUAUCGAUCCAGACAAGAUCUCUGAAGAAAUAUUUCCAAAUUUGUAGACAAGCUAUCGGGAAGUUUGCUUUGAAUUUUACGUUAACCUAGGGUUAAGCUUACCCAGCUUUGAACAACCGGCCCUUUGGUAUUGUACUCUGCAGUGACCAUGGAGCAGAGAUCGAGAGGGGCCAUCCCCAUUUUUUUCCAUGUAAAAGGAAAAAAGUCUGUUGAUAUGUAUGGUUGAAAUAAUAUGACCACAAUAGUCUUUGUGCUCUUGCACUCCCCCACACACUUCCCCGCACACUCUCUUCCACACAUGCUCUCAAAAUAAUAAUAUAUUCAUUUUAAGGGGAUGGUGCUGGUGUUGGGAAAGGUCGUACUGUUGCAGGUAUGUAUAUUCGUAUAUGUGGUUGUGUACAUAUCAUUGAUAUACACAAUUAUUCUUUUUCUGCUGUAAUAUUGGUUGUGACGUUUUGACUUUUAAAAACUUCAGGUAUAAUCAGUGAAAACUAUCUACUUGGCAGAAAAAGAGCUGUAUGGUGAGAACUUUUUCAUAUUUGUAUAUGAUUUCAGUAAAACAUACAGUAAAUAUAAUUUUGUCUAUUACAGGUAAUCUACGUGAAGCGUUCCUCUUUUGACUUUGUAACUCAUUUGGAAUUUUCCUCAUUAGCUUUGCAAAUUUGAAAAACUCUUCACAAAUCCCUUGAGGGAAUUUGCAAUGUUCCUGUUUUAAUUUCCUAACUUCCUGUUCUGUUCUGAGCGUUGUUAUUGGUCGAUUAUUUUUGUUGGCCAAUUGCAACGUCCAGAACAGAACAGGAAGUUAGGAACUUGUAACAGGAAGUUAAGAACUUCUAACAGGAACUGAGGAAAAUUUAAUUGGCUUUUAGCAACAUUGCAAAUUUCCUCAAGGGAUUUGCAAGGGACUUCUUCAAAUUUCAAAAGUAAUGAGGAAAAUUGCAAUCAAUUUAGAAACUCAAAAGAGGAACGCUUCACGUAGUUUACCUGUAAUUGACCAUUUGCAUAAUAGACUAAAUUUUGAUCUAAACAAGUUUAGACAAAAAUUUCAUCAUAGCUGGAAAGAGCAUCACAAAAUAAGUAAUAUUCCAAAGUUUCGUUGCGAAAUGUUGUAAAAUGCGGAAAAUAUAGCCUUUCGAAAUUUGCAAUUUUCAGUCAUUUUAGAUUACAAACGGGAAAUUGGCAGCCUCGAAAGGUUUGGGGCUGUCAAUUUCCCGUUUGUAAUCUAAAAUGACUGAAAAUUGCAAAUUUCGAAAGGCUAUAUUUUCCGUAUUUUACAACAUUUUUGCAACGAAACUUUGGAAUAUUACUAAUUUUGUGAUGCUGUUUCAAGCUGUGAUGAAAUUUUUGUUGAGAUCAAAGUUUAGUCUAUUUAAUACGCAAAUGGUCAAUUGGUUCAGAAGUGAAAUCGUCUUAUACUCAAUCAUUGUUUUUUACCACAUCUAGGAUGAGUGUAUCCAAUGAUUUACAAUAUGAUGCCGUUCGGUACGUUUUUUUUUUCAAUUCUUAUCAUGUUUAUACUUGUUUGAAAUUUGAAACAAUUGUUUUACUUCUCUUCAUUUUUUGUGUGCUUAGGGAUCUUCGUGAUAUCAAAUGUAAUGUAAAUCUCCGUUCUUUAAACAAGGUAUAUAACGGUGAAAGUUGUGUAAUGCCUAAUUAUGUCUGCCAUGUAGAAGUUGACUUUGGAAACCAGUUUGACUCCACGGAACACCGCAUGCUUUCUCAAGCUGCCCCGGUUUCCUUUUGUAGUAACACCGGGUACAUGUAAAUUAAGGGAUAGCCCUUUUUGGACUUCAAGGGAGAACAGUUUAGAACUGCCAGAGGUAUUCAGUAUAAGUAAAGUUAGUUUAGGUUUCCUCCUGUAGUAAUACUGGAUCAACAAGAGAUUACCAUUAACUGGAUCUCUGGGGAGAACAGUUUAGAACUGAUAGAGCUAUCGAGAAAUAAAGUUAGUUUAGUUUAGAUUUUUUCCUGUUGUAACACUGGAUCAACAAGGAUAUAACACUGGAUCAAGGCUCAAGAGGAUAUAAAUGAUAGAGCUGUCCUUUAUAUAAUAUACAGUAUAUAUGUUCUAGAAAUUGAAAGUAUAGUGUAUAUACUGUAUGUACAUUGCAGUUGUAUAAAAAGAAACUUGUUUUCCCAUAUAUAGUUUAAAUACGAUGCAAAAUUAUCUUCCAAAGAGAAUGGUGGCUUUAAGAAAGGUGUGCUCUUCACCACAUACUCCUCCUUGAUUGGAGAAAGCCAGGGAACGUCUAAAUAUCGUACAAGACUUAGUCAGAUUGUCAAGUGGUGCGGUUCUGAUUUUGAUGGAGUUGUAUCCUUGUUCAUUGUUAGAAUUGGUCUGAUUUAUAGUCGCGACACGCCAUCACACUAUCUUUUCUUUAACCCAUUGAGUCCCAUUGUGACUUAAAUAAUGCACCCUACCUCAAUGGGAGAGUGCUAGCUGGUGCUCAAUAGACCUUUCCCCUUUUGAGUGAAAUUUUGAUCCAGACAAGAAUGGACAAAAAUUUCAUCACAGCUUGAAAGAGCAUCACAAAAGUAGUAAUAUUCCUAAGUUUCGUUGUGAAAUGUUGUAAAAUGCGAAUAAUAUAGCACUGCGAAGUUUGCCGUUUUUCAGUCACUUACAAACGGGAAAUUGGCAAUCAGAUGAUCAAACUGAUUAUCAAUUUCCCAUUUGUAAUACAAAAUGACUGGAAAACGGCAAACUUCGCAAGGGCUAUAUUAUCCGCAUUUUACAACAUUUCGCAACGAAACUUCGGAAUAUUACUAAUUUUGUGAUGCUCUUUCAAGCUGUGAUGAAAUUUUUGUCCUGGCUUGUCUAGAUCAAAAUUUCACUCAUAAGGGGAAAGGUCUAUUCGUUAAGUGCCAAUAAUGGUUUAGCCAGCUACUUCAUAGUUCGUAAGUAAAAUAAUCUUUGACAUUAUUGUCUCAAAUUCUUGGCAUAACCUGCCAUGUGUGUGUUGAAACCUUAAGUCUAAACACAGAUAAUUCUAGAUGAAUGUCACAAAGCUAAGAACUUGGUACCAACUGGUUCUUCUAAGCCAACCAAGACUGGUAGAACUGUCCUGGAACUGCAGGAGAAACUGCCCAAAGCCAGAGUGGUGUACUGUAGUGCCACAGGUGAGAUGAUGAUAUUGGUGGUGGUGAUGAUAUUGGUGGUGGUGAUGAUGAUAUUGGUGGUGGUGAUGAUGAUAUUGGUGGUGGUGGUGAUGAUAUUGGUGGUGGUGGUGAUAUUGGUGGUGGUGGUGGUGAUAUUGGUGGUGGUGGUGGUGAUAUUGGUGGUGGUGGUGAUGAUGGUGGUUGUGAUAAUGAUGGUAAUGAAGAUGAUGGUGGUGGUGGUGGUGGUGGUAAUAGAAAGAUAG